AUGGGCCUGGCGACGACAACUCGUGGACUACACGCGAAGGUCUCUUCGAUGGCAGUGGUUGCGGUGGUUGCCGCGAGGGUGACCUUUGGGCGGGGCAUUCGUGACGUGACGGGACCUGCGACCGAGGUGGACUUUAUGGGCUACGCCGAGCCGAGCCAGACUGGAGGCGGGCUGCACUUUCGGCUCCAUGCGCGUGCGAUGGUGUUUUGA